CUUGUGCGCAAUUGCUCUGUUUUAUCAUCCAGACAAUCUGGACAAGAGGGAGAAGUUGCAACAUUUCAGAAAGCAACCAAUUACCGAGGACCAAAGACUGUUCUGGUGCUGAAGUGCUGACAGCGGUCCCUGUUUGGGGACCAGCAUCCCUCGGAUCGGUCCCUGCGGCAUGGGCAGCCCUGCUCCCGCGCGCCGGGAUGCGAGAGCGAGGAACCUGCCCACGUUCGGUCAGCGUGUGCGGGGAGGUUGAGCAGCGCUGUCUGCUGCUGCGGCGAGUCUGAGGACAGGCUGGAGGGAAGGAGAGGCAGGUGGAUAGUCUGGGUAUGGUGACAGGACGAUGUUGGCCAGAAAGAGCAUCAUCCCGGAGGAGUAUGUGUUGGCGCGCAUCGCCGCGGAGAAUCUGCGCAAGCCGCGCAUCCGCGACCGCCUCCCGAAAGCCCGCUUCAUCGCUAAGAGUGGGGCCUGCAACCUGGCGCACAAGAAUAUCCGUGAGCAAGGGCGCUUCCUGCAGGACAUCUUCACCACCUUGGUAGACCUGAAAUGGCGCCACACGCUGGUCAUCUUUACAAUGUCCUUCCUCUGCAGUUGGCUGCUCUUCGCUAUCAUGUGGUGGUUGGUGGCUUUUGCCCAUGGGGACAUCUACGCUUACAUGGAGAAGAGUGGAAUGGAGAAAAGUGGUUUGGAGUCUGCUGUGUGUGUGACUAACGUCAGGUCAUUCACCUCUGCUUUUCUCUUCUCCAUUGAGGUUCAAGUGACAAUUGGAUUUGGAGGGAGGAUGAUGACAGAGGAAUGCCCUCUGGCCAUCACCGUUUUGAUUCUCCAAAACAUUGUGGGUUUGAUCAUCAAUGCCGUCAUGUUAGGCUGCAUUUUCAUGAAGACAGCUCAGGCUCACAGAAGGGCAGAGACUUUGAUUUUCAGCCGCCAUGCUGUGAUUGCUGUCCGAAAUGGUAAGCUGUGCUUCAUGUUCCGAGUGGGCGACCUGAGGAAGAGCAUGAUCAUUAGUGCCUCAGUGCGCAUCCAGGUGGUCAAGAAAACAACUACACCUGAAGGGGAGGUGGUACCCAUUCACCAACUGGACAUACCUGUUGAUAACCCUAUCGAGAGUAAUAACAUCUUCCUGGUGGCCCCUUUGAUCAUCUGCCAUGUGAUUGAUAAGCGCAGUCCACUGUAUGAUAUCUCAGCAACUGACCUUGUCAACCAGGACCUGGAGGUCAUUGUUAUUCUAGAAGGAGUGGUCGAAACAACCGGCAUCACCACGCAAGCGCGAACCUCCUACAUCGCAGAGGAGAUCCAGUGGGGCCACCGCUUUGUGUCCAUUGUGACUGAGGAGGAAGGAGUGUAUUCUGUGGAUUACUCCAAGUUUGGCAACACUGUUAAGGUGGCAGCUCCACGGUGCAGUGCCCGGGAACUGGAUGAGAAGCCUUCCAUCCUCAUUCAGACCCUCCAAAAGAGUGAACUGUCCCAUCAAAACUCUCUGAGGAAGCGCAAUUCCAUGAGGAGAAACAAUUCCAUGAGAAGGAGCAACUCCAUUCGAAGGAACAAUUCUUCCCUCAUUGUGCCAAAGGUGCAGUUUAUGACUCCAGAAGGAAAUCAGAACACAUCAGAAUCAUGACAGCAGGGCAACCUCAUGACAGGAGUUUUACUGUGAGUGUCAGAUGCCCUGUCACACUAAACCAGAGCUAUAGCACAAUGACGUGGCUUACGUUUUAAUGCACUAAAAGAUUUUCUUAUUCAAGAAAUUGCACUUUCUGUAUUAAUAAACAACACAACACAGAGGACUUGUGGCUUACACUGUUUCACACAUGCAGAAUCUGCAGCAGUAGACUCAAGUUAUGCACAGAAAGUGGUCUGCCCUCAUUUCUCUUGGUAUGAAACACAAGAACUCCGUUAAUAGUUAUGGACCUUGAAUAUAAAAUUUGGCCAAGGAAUGAGUCUGUUUGAAAUGCUUAGUUGGUGAAAACAAAUGUCUCUGUUUCUAUUGUUCGCUCUGGGAAUGUAAAUAAAAUAGGAGGGGAAAAAAAAAAAAACCAAAAUCAUGUUAAAUACCAUUUGUAUUCUAAUGUUCUCCUUUCUUCAUGAUACUGUAUCUGGUAAGAAACCUAAAGCAAGUUUCUUAGGUCUGUAUGUCUAUGAGCAAUCCAGGUCUUCAAAAUGACUCCAGGAGAUUUCCUGAUUCUCCUGACGGCCUGUUGGGCAGAACUGGGCAAGGGAUCUGAGGAAAAGCUGACUCCUGUCUCAAGUAGGACUGGAUUUCCAAAUAGUGACAGUCAUUUCCUUCAGCUUCCCACUUCUUACCAGCCCCCCACAGAAAAAUACUGUAUUAAAUAUUUUAUUAAAAUAUUUUCCUUGUA